CUGGCAACAUUUCCUAACAUACACUGUUUAGGGAAACACGACUGUUCGGCGCAUGCAUCAUGCAUUGACACCGCUGAUGGAUUCACAUGCAGAUGUCAUGACAACUAUAGAGAUGAAAGCCCAUCGCCAGCUACAUUCCCUGGACGAGUUUGCAUUCGAGGUCGGUUGUUUUUCCUCGAAAUAAAACAGUUUAACCAAAUCCUUUUUGCAGCUUUUGUGCCAGACCCGCCCGAAUGUGAAGUGAGCGAUCCGAUGAGCUGUGAUCAGCGCAAAGAAAAAUACCGCGUUGACUGCGAUGAGAACGCAAUAUGUGUAGAUACAGAUGAUUCGUACACUUGCCAGUGCCGACCUGGGUUUGCUGAUAUUUCUGCUGCGUUCAAUCGUUUGCCUGGACGUCGAUGUAUCGAAGCAGUUAACGAAUGCCUCUCAAAAGAACUCAACGACUGCUCGGAGUUUGCUUUCUGUGAAGACGCAAAGGAAGGUUACGUGUGUAGCUGUCGUCCCGGCUAUGUUGACGCAUCCCCCAACGCUACCCACUAUCCGGGUAGAGUUUGUCGUAAGCCUGUUGAGAAGUUCACCAUGUCCGAGUUCACCAGUUCAUUCUCACACGAUUCAUGUGAUCCAAAGAGAUCUCGAUGUGGCGCAAACGAAGUAUGUACCGAUCGUGGUCAGCGUGGACAUUACAGCUGCCAAUGUGCUGACAAUGCAUUCCGUUACGAAGAUGGCACUUGCCGAGGUAUACCACUAUUGUUUAAAAUUAUAAUCUAAGA